ACCAUAGAUAAAAAAUGUACAUCAAAACAAACGGCCUGAGUGUCAAGAGCUUUACGUGCAGGCAGCAGGGUCCUGUAAGGGGAGAAGUCAGGAAUUGUUUUGCAGGCUGUGGGGGCGUGUGUCUGAGCCGGCACCAUAGAUAAAAAAUGUACAUCAAAACAAACAGCCUGAGUGUCAAGAGCGGUACGUGCAGGGUCCUGUAAGGGGAUACAGCUCAAGUCUCCCACACAAAGAUCGUUUAAAGACAAAAUGUUAGCUGCCUUUUUCGAUGCACCUGGAGGGCCUGAAAAUCUCUAUAUCAAAGAGGUGGCAAAGCCUGUACCAAAGGCAGGAGAAGUACUUAUAGAGGUCCAGGCCAGUGCUCUAAACCGGGCAGAUUUAUUGCAGAGAAGAGGGAAGUAUUCUCCACCUCCAGGAGCCAGUGAUAUUUUAGGCCUUGAGGUAGCAGGCACUGUGGUGGGACUUGGACCAGCAUCUGAUGGACGCUGGAAGAUUGGAGAUCCAGUUAUGGCUUUACUGUCAGGUGGAGGCAAUGCACAGUAUGCUGCUACCCCUGUGGGCCACAUCAUGCCCAUUCCCUCUGGCCUAGGUGCAACUGAAGCUGCUGCCAUCCCUGAGGCCUGGCUCACUGCUUUCCAGCUGCUGCACUUUGUAGGCAAAGUUCAGAAGGGAGAGACAGUCUUGAUACAUGCUGGGGCAAGCGGUGUUGGUACAGCAGCCAUCCAGCUCUGCAAACUGGCCGGUGCAAUUCCUAUUGUAACAGCAGGGUCCGCAGAGAAAUUGCAAAUAACACAGAAGCUUGGAGCUGCAGCCGGAUUCAAUUACAAAGAGGAAGACUUUGGUACAAAGUGCCUUGACUUCACAAAUAAUGUUGGUGUAGAUAUUAUAUUAGACUGUAUUGGAGCCUCGCAUUGGGAAAAGAACCUUCAUUGUCUGAAUAUGGAUGGACGCUGGGUUGUCUAUGGGCUGAUGGGUUCAAGUGAAAUUCAUGGUGAUCUACUUGCAAAAUUACUUUGGAAAAGAGGAAGUCUUCUGGGCAGUUUGCUAAGAUCACAUUCAAGCAAAUACAAGGAAGAAUUAGUAAAAGCCUUCACAGAGCAAGCCCUGCCUCACUUCACCCCAGGUGGGCCCAUUCACCUGCACCCGAUAGUGGACAGCAUCUACCCCCUAGAGAGGAUAUCAGAUGCCCAUCAGCGCAUGGAAGAUAACAAGAACACUGGAAAAAUUGUUCUACAAAUCCCUCAGUGAUCCUGGGUGACAAAAGAAAUCAUAAUCCGUUAAGAAGAGUUAUAAUUUACAGGAUUAUUAAAAAAUAUAAAAGUAUAUUAAAAAGAUACAACCUGCUGUACACACACAGAAUACUUACAUUUAAGUAAUAUGUACAUGAUUACAGAUGUAUGGAUAUACAUUCACUGGGGUAUGAAGGUGUAAUGUGGUUUAUAAGGGGCAUUGCUAACUGUUUUUCAAACAAAGAGAAACAUUUAAUUUUUUAAUAAAAAUCUGAUUCUUUCAUUAUAUGUAGAGAAAAUUUCUAAUAUUCGUACUUAUUUUCUCACCUCUACCUUAUUUUAUUUUUUUUGUAUUUUUCUCAAGAUGGGACAGUUUUUCCCUAUGUUCCCUUUAACUAAUUACAAUUCCUCAAUAAUAAAAUUAAUUUCUAUAAAAAGAGUUGGACAUAAGCUAGCAGGAAUAUUUGCUUCCUCCAUUAUGUCAAUAUUUCCUGUUUUUAUAAAAGAUUGCCCUGUAUCACAAAGUACACUAAUACUGCUCAAAUGUCCAUUAGACAUCUGUAUUUGAUCUUAUAAAUAAGUACUGUACUUCACUUCCAGGGUAUUUCUGUUAAGGGGUGAUAUUAACUCUGCUCAUAGUAUCUAAAACCUCAUCUGAAUCUAAUUUGACAGUCAGGGGUGUACAACUCCAUAUUCUAGCAUACAUUUAAGGAUCUGCCUGCUUGGACCAGGAUGAUUAUACCUAAUUAAAGGUUCAUUAAAGGGACAUUAAAGCCAAUUUUUAUAUAUGCUUAUUAUAUAUUAGUAAUUAAGUACUGAAUUGCAAAAGACUUCCUUACAAGAUAAAAGUUUAAAAAGCAUUUACAACUGUCACUUUAUUAAUGAUUUGCAAUUGUACUAACAAACCGCUUCAAAAGCCUGGUGAGUUUUGUGCCUAUCUUGAACUUUGAUGUAUAGAAGUGGCAAGUUAGAGAAAAAAAUACAGAGGGCUGUGGGUGGCUGAAGGGGGACUGGAGCUACAACCAGGAACAGACGACAGUAGCAGGCCAUGCGUGUCAUAGGCAGAGUUGGGUGGGCAGUGCCGUUGUCAGUCUAGAAACCAGGACAUUUACCCUGAAGGGGAAGCAGAAGGAGGGAAAGAAGUGCAGAGCUCUUUACCUGUGACAAUCCAUACAGGGUGGUUGAGAGCUCUGGAGACAGAAACAAGCACUUAUGGGGGUGCUAAAAGUUCAUUUGCAUAACAAUUUAAACAGUGGUAUUAGCAGUAGCACACCCUGUGCAGCUCAUUAAAACAUAUACCUUGUAAUAUUAGCUUUACUGCCCUUUAACUGUUCCCCUUUUUAACCCACAGUUAUGGCAAAGCAAACAAACAUUUAUGCCAGGUCCUCGACUAAUUAUACCAGUGGUCUCAAAGUACCGGCCCUGGGGCCAUAUGUGGCCCUCAAGAUUGUCUAAUCUGACCCUCCCUUGUUUAUUAGGUAAAUCAUUAAUUUGAGCUGGUCAUUUUUUCUUUUAAAUGGUUCUAAGAGGUGUAUUUAGUUUAUGUUCUAUACAGGAAUUCACAAGAUGAUAUAAAGACAAGUAUGCAUUGUCCAGUGUAGACUCCCACCAUGCACUGCUUAGAUAAAUGUUAUUUUUUACUUCACUUGGCAUUUACAAGAUAACUAUAGACAACUGUGUAUGUCUAUUGUGGGCUACAACUCCCACCAUGCACUACUACUUAGGUAAAUGUCUCUUCCAGUUCCUGAGCACUCCUGAGCACUCAUUCUGUUCAAGCGACCCCUAUGGGAGAAGGGCACCUGGCCAGUGGCACCCAGAUACACUGAGCUUGAUACCACUGAAUUAUACAGUGUUGUACAUGACAAGAAAUACAGUUAUGAAACUGAGCUACUGCCGUGUAACAAUCAUUGGUGCGUUUGAUUCAGUAUGCAGCCACUUACAAACGAAGCAUACAAUCAUGUGUCAUUAGAUGUAUCAUUUCACUUAUUCUUCUAUAUUAUCUGGAAAAAUAAUUGCUAUGUAUUAAAAUCUAAAAAUGAACCAAAAACAAAGAAAAUGUUUUUUUUUUUUUAAUGAAUGAAAUGUGGCCCAAGAACAUAAAACAAAUGUAGACUUUCAAGUGUCAUGUUUUACCUGUUGUCUAUAUAAAUAACUGAUAAAUGAAACACUGUACCUGCAUAUAUCCUUCACUAAAGCAGAACAGUUUAAUGCACUUGUGUUGAUGGAUUUUUAGAAAAACCAUUUGCCUUAUGUUUUUAUUCAGUGCACUUGUAUAUUGGCCAUGUUAAUGAUUUAAAAUGUGCUUUGUAUAUUAUGGUUAAUUGAUUAAACGAUUUUGCUUAUA